GCCUCACCACAACUUUCAAACGGCUCUGGAGGAUAACACCACACUCCUUUAGGUUCUGGAAAACAGAGAGAGAGAGAAGAGAGAGGAAGAGUCGUGGAACUUUUUUGGGGACUUUGCACUCCUGGUUUCGGCUGAACCUUCCCGCCGUUCAGAGGUCAAUGCUUUGCUUUGCACUUCCUGCUCCUCUUACCUCUGUGUCUAUCGGUUUCUCUGAACGCUGUUUAAAACCUUUAGCCUUGUCCUCGUUGUCUGUGUUUACUAAGAAACACAAAGAACACCGACAGAAGUUUACACAACAACAACAACAACAACUCAACAGGAGUUUGUCUAGCUGGAAUGAAUAUAUCUGAGUCUAGUUACUGUCGUGAGCCCAGUUCUCUACCAGGCCGGGACGGAGCCGAGGGCCAUCUAUGGGUCUCUUCCCCCAGCCCAGGCUCUGAUCGUGGGCUAGGACCCUUCGACCAGACCCCCCUCUAUGGAGGAUCUGGAGACCGUGGCCUUGCUGGGGGCCGUACAGAGGCCAGGAUAGGGGCUGGAGCUGAACCAGGGAAAGGGGCAGGAAGCCCUGACUCGACCCACCCAAAAGCACCUUCCCCGGGCAGCGCUGAGGGGAGAGCAGGGGGCGAGUCGAGGAUCCGUCGGCCCAUGAAUGCCUUCAUGGUGUGGGCUAAAGACGAGAGGAAACAACUGGCUGUUCAGAACCCAGACCUCCACAACGCUGUCCUCAGCAAGAUGCUGGGCCAGUCGUGGAAGGCCCUGUCUACUCUGGACAAGCGUCCCUUCGUUGAGGAGGCCGAGAGACUCCGCCUCCAACACCUGACGGACCACCCCAACUACAAGUACCGCCCCCGCCGCAAGAAACAGGCCAAGAAGCUCAAACGGGAACCGGGGUUUCUGCUCCACAGCCUAGCCCAGGGAGGGGCAGGGGCUCCUGGGGCAGGGGAGGGCUACGGACACCCUCUGGAUGGCUAUGGACAUCCAGGCCACGCUCAUCCACACCACCACCUCCUGCCUCCACUGGGCCACUUCAGGGACCUCCACACCGGGGACUUGGAGAGCUACGGCUUGCCCACACCAGAGAUGUCCCCUCUGGAUUUUAUGGAGGAGGGAGGAGGGGACGGAGGGGUGUUCUUUCCCCCUCACAUGCAGGAGGACGUAGGGCUGCAUGGUGCCUGGAGUAACUACCACCAUCACCACCAUUAUAACAGCCAUCACCACAACGUCCACAGCCAUCCUCACAGCCACAGUCAGGGUCAUAGUCAGGGUCAGGGUCAGGGUCAGGGUCAUAGUCAGGGUCAGGGUCAUAGUCAGGGUCAUAGUCAGGGUCAAAGUCAGCAUAGUCAGGGUCAGGGUCAGGGUCAGGGUCAUAGUCAGGGUCAUAGUCAGGGUCAUAGUCAGGGUCAAAGUGGUCAUGAUCACCAUCUUAGCCAGAGCCAGAAUGUCUCCCUGCUCUGUCGUCCUCCCCAGGAGAAGUGCCUCAGCCAGGCUCCAGAGCCUACGAACUCUCCCAGUCCUUACUCUAACCCCCAGGGCUCUGAGCCAGUCAAACCCCGCCAGCCCAUCACUAGUUCCUCUGUCUCCUCUAUGUCCUCUGGUUGCUAUAGUUACCUGUACAAUAGCGCUGGACCAGACACCCCCCAGACCUCCCACCUGGGGCAGCUCUCCCCACCACCCGAGUCCUCCUCUUCCUCCUCUUCCUCACUGGCCCCCACCUCCAACCCUAACCCCCAGACCCUGGACUCCAUAGACCAGGCUGGGUCCAACCACUUAGGCCCGACGUCCGUUGAGUUCUGGACAGAGGUGGACCGUCACGAGUUUGACCGGUACCUCAGUGCCAGCCGGACUCGUACGGAAGGGUAUGGGAGUGCCCUCAUCCCCGUCUCGAAAGCUCUGGAGGGGUAUACCAACGCACCCCUCUCUAAACCACCAGGGAGGAAUACCGUCUGUGAGGAGAGCCAGAGCAGUCCUCUCAUCUCUGCUCUGUCUGAUGCUAGUAGUGCUGUCUACUACAGCAGCUGUAUUACUGGCUAGUUACAUGUACUACAGUCUAGUAAGGUCUAGUGCAGCCUACCGACCUGUUGGUCAAAUACAGUAUGUUAAAAAACUUUUUGGAAAGCAUUGGAUUGAUGUACUUGACCCAGGUCUGCAGUUGAGUCUUAAAGACUUUCAGGGUAAGAUCACUACAAUGCUUUAUAGUCUGCAACAGUCUACUGCAGACCACUAAAGACUACUGAGCUCUUCUACUUCCUGUCCAGACAGGCAGAACAUUUAUAAUGAUAAAACUGUUCCUUUUUACUAUAGCCAUUUAUAUAUACGGUAUUCCUAGUUCAUGUUGUUUUGUAUUAUUUGUGUAGAUUGUAUUGAAAUUAUUUCUAUGAAAAACUGUUUUAUUUGCACUGGGUCACAAAUAUAUGUAUAGGAAGAUCACUAUGUUCCAAAUCUUUCUAAUGAAAUAUGUAUUUUACAAAUGGAAGCAGAGGAUUGUUGUUUCAAUACAAUGUGAAUUUAUGAGGUCUGCAAUGUUAGGAGACUAGGAGUUAAUUUUCAACGAAGUUUCACUGUUUCUAUUUACAUCAAACACUUGUUCAUAUUUUAAUUUCCUUCACCACACAUGAAAGGGGAAUCUGGGAUUAGGAUAUCCAUUAAGCACAAUAAAUAUUAAUGAUAUGUAGCCUUUGUGCCAAAAAAAAAGUGGUGGGUUGACCGCUUUGUUGUUGUUUGAAUCCCAGAUUGCCUCUUUAAGAACCACGUUGAGCAGGUAAAAACUUUUGGUAAUAAUUAUCUUCAAAAACAAAGUUAGGAAUAAAACAAACAAAACAGUCACCCUGCAAUUAAAUCAAACAGGCAAAAUAAAAGCAUUAUUUCAUACAGUACGUCAUUGGAAUUACAACAUUGCUUCGACACAGACAUUAUUUUUUUUUAUUUUACACUUCGGUUGCUUUUUCUUUAAUUGAAGAGGGCAUUUUGUAAAUGAAUAUCUUGCUUUUUAAAUAUUUUACUAAAUAAA